UUCACACGCCACCUUUCGCACCCGUGGAUCGUCGUGUGUCGCUUUCCUGAUGGCUGACGCCAAGUUGAAGAACGCGAAGGCUAUUUUCAUACUAGGCGGGCCAGGUAGUGGCAAAGGAACACAGUGCGAACGACUGGUGGAGAAAUGCAAAUACAACCAUUUGUCCAGUGGUGAUCUUUUGAGGGCUGAAUGCGAAUCUGGAUCUCCUCGUGGUCAAGAGCUCAAAGCCAUGAUGGCACGAGGAGAAUUGGUUCCCUUGGAUGUCGUUUUGUCACUCUUGAAAGAAGCUAUGCUCAAGCAUGUAGACAAGAAUUGUUUUUUCCUCAUUGACGGUUAUCCACGUGAAUUGGAACAGGGAAUACGAUUUGAAAAAGAAGUCUGUCCAUGCCUUUGUGUCGUCUCAUUUGACGUGAGUGAACAAGUUAUGGUUGAAAGGUUGAAGAAACGAGGCGAAACCAGUGGUCGGGUGGAUGACAACGAAGAAACAAUCAUUAAGCGCCUGAAGACCUUCAACGACAGUACUAAGCCUGUGAUUGACUAUUACGAGAAGCAGAACAAAUUAAUCCGGAUUGAUGCAUCCGGGACAAUCGAUCAAAUCUUCGACAAUGUUUACAAACAGUUGCAAGAACGAGUAAAACACGCCUGAACAACACAGUACAGCUUGUUUUAUCUGUCCGUGAUCUGUGCGGUCGCACACUGCCUUGUCUUCGUAGCAUUCGGUUAAAUCCCGCCCUCCAGAUGUCCUGAACACAUUCUCUGGCAGUCGGUGUUACUCUUACCUUCCUCUGGUAUUUACUGAUGUACCGCGCUGCACGGAUCGUUAAUCGGAUGCCAGCAUAGCAUUAGUUCAUUUUUCAUGUUUGUUUGUUUGUUCGUUCUUUCGUUUCUUACACGUCCUAUUUUUCUGUCCCCUAACUUAGAGUGAGAUUUUUCGAGAUCACAUUAAAUACCAAAGUUCUUUUGCA